CGCUGACAACGAUGAAACUACAGACUUGACCGUGCUGUCAAGAGCGAUCUUUGAGCAAUUCGUUGAAGACGUGUGGAGACAGGAGCAACAACUACAGCAACUACAGCAGGGAGGUCAACCGCAAACGCAAGAUUAUUUACCUCCCGUGCUCUUAGCUUAAGGCUCCUUGACACAAUAAAUUUCCAACCGUCCUUACUUAGUUUGUUAUGUAUCUUCUGGCUCUGUUUCCCUCUUACGCUAAAAAUUUUGAGGAAAUGAAGGACGGAAGACGAAUAAGUGAGUCAGAAAUGUUGAAGGAAUCCUCUGUCUUGGGGUGUCCUAUUGAAGAGGUUGAGCGCUAACGAAUGCUUCCAAUCAAUUGCCUACUAGCAGCAGCUAUGAAGGCAGAGGGACUAGAAUGGGUUCAAACAAUC